AUGGGGCUUCUAGGUCUUCCCCUGGAGAUCAUCUUACUGGUUUAUCAGAACCUGGAUUCAACAACAGAAGCUUAUUACUUCGCACAAUCAUGCAAAUCCGCCUACAUUGUCUUUUGCGAUCUGUAUUACCGCGGCAAGAUAUUCCAAUCAAUUCUAAAUAAUAUAAUUAGAGCUGCAGCUCCAAACCGAGCCUGGCUGGAAGCUUGCUUUGGAGCAAACAUAUUGUGGCGGCCUACAGAAUCCGAUCUUGAAAGACUGGACCACGCUCGUACUCGAGAGUUUCUUUUGAAUGUUGGAUUCCCUGCGUUCAAGUUACAAGGCAUACCUUUCGAGUCUCUACACUUAACACAAGAUCCCGAGAGUAGUUUGAAACACUACAUUUUUACCGACAACAAUGAACUUGAAAUGCAUCCAACACCCUCUUGUCCGCUAGCUCAGUGCAGUGAUAUAUAUUUCCAUGUUGGAAACGUCAAUGACUGCCUGGUAAUGGUGGAUGCAGUGGACGGUGAUGUAUGGCUUUAUGAACCAGAUUACCUCCGGUACGGUGGAGCUGGAUUCUAUAUCUAUGAUUGUCCUUGGCAAAAUACAGUUGCCUGGUCGUUGGAUAGCUUUGCAAUGCUAUUUGGGAUGGUGGUAGCUGUGGUGCAGGACCUGAGAACAGCUCCGUGGAGGUCGUCUUCGUGGGGCUUGCAGGCACGUAGGGAUAUUCUUGCCGAUUUGAGAGAACGGAUAAAUGAGUGUGAUUAUGUGGUCGCAGAAGAUAUUUCAGGGUUUUGGGAUGACUUGUUUGAGAAUCUGAGAGGCGACUCGAUUUAG